GCCGGCCAGCCAUUCCAACACGAGCGUCGUGAAAGCUCCCGUCCCACUCGUUACCCGAUACAUAUCCGCAACUGGAGACAUUCUUUCGCCUCACCUAUCAUUUGAAGAGGAGUUUGAUUCACGCGGGCGCAAGAUGACAGCAGACGUGCAGGGCGCGGUGGGCGCUGGAACGCAGACUUCUCCCGACGCACCACACGCGCCGUAUCAGUUCAACUUUAGCGACUUCCUGCGCCGCGAAUAUCGCUUCGGCCUCGAUCCAAAUCGUCCCGCGUGCAAGGCGUUUAUGCAAGGCCACUGCCCUCUUGGUAGUAACUGUCCCGACAAGCACAAUGUGUCCACAUCCUACAACAACCUUGUCUGCAAGCAUUGGCUGCGUGGUCUUUGCAAGAAGGGCGAGACUUGCGAGUUCUUACAUGAAUACAAUCUUCGCCGAAUGCCCGAAUGCUCUUACUACGCCCGCACCCUCACAUGUUCCAACGGCGACGACUGUUUAUAUCUCCACAUAGACCCUGAAUCCAAGCGACCGGCCUGCCCUCACUAUGACCGCGGAUUCUGUCCUCUUGGGCCACAUUGCGCCCUGAAACACAAUAAGAAGGACAAGAUAUGUCCAUUUUAUCUGGCGGGCUUCUGUCCAGAGGGGAAGGCAUGCAAGAAUGGAGCCCACCCAAGGUUUCCUACCGACCUCAAGAAACCCGAAGUGCGUGUUGAGAAGACGAAGGAAGAACUUGAGCAGGAAAGAUUGGAACGAGAGUUACAGCGUGAAAAAGAAGAAGAACAAGAGCGAGAGCGCGAUGAUCGCGGUAUUCACUCUGGUGCUGCACACAAGUUCCGAGGCAACUGGGGUGAUCGCAAGAAGAGGGGUGGCAGAAGACAUCGCGGUCGCGGAGGCUUUUGAGGACCUGCGUACUCCCUCAUGCGCUGCGGAGACCCUAUCCCAAGUCCAAGAUUUGACGGAAGAACAGCUGGCGGCAAAAAUGCCGCUACACAAGCGAAGCAACUGCUUCUCAAGGAGUUGUUUUGCCAUUCCCGAACGAGAACGGCGACCACUGCGCGCUUACUGUUUCAAGAAACAGAUGCCUAUCUUCUUAGAGCUUAGAGUGGUACCCGUUCGGUAUUCCCCAACAAAGCGGCUUUCGGCCCGGU